AUGUCAUUGAACAAAGAAUUCAAGCAUUUUAUACAAUGUCUGCAAAAAAAAACUGAACAAGAAAAUUUGAAAGUGCUUCCAGAUGAGAUCAUAGUUGAGAUAUUCUCAUGGCUACCUGCUAAAUCCGUUGGUCGAUUUCGAUGUGCAUCAAAGCCAUGGAGAUCUCUUCUUACCCAACCCCAGUUCAUCGAAUCCCACUUGACUCGAACCAAACGUCUCCCUAGAGAAGAAGAAUCACUCAUCCUUGUUUCCCAUGAUUCUCAUUGCCUGUAUUCUAUCCAGUUUAAUAAUUCCCACCUUUUUGACGAAUUGACCUCCGUUUUAGCUACAAAGCUUACUUUUGAUGGUCACCAUUUCUCUUCCUCAUGUUUACACCUAGCUUCUUGUGAUGGGUUGACCAUAGUUAAAGACGAGGAAGAAAAGUUUUUGCUGAUAAAUCCAACUACUAGGGAGAUUAAGGUAUUACCAAGCUCGCCUUAUGCUCCUAAUCCUCUUACUUGUGGACUUGGGUAUGACUCGGUUAAUGAUGAUUAUAAGGUAGUUAUGAUUUCUCAUAGUGGCACUGAUGCUCAGAUGCUUGUUAGUGUUUAUUCUGCUAGAAAUGGUACUUGGAAGAGCGUCGAAAAUUCUCCAUUCGAUCAUAGUGAAUCUAAGUACACUUCUGUGGUUUCUGUUGAUGGAUAUAUCAAUUGGGUAGCUUUUAGGCCUUCAGAUGAUAUGUAUGCUAUUGCAGCAUUUGAUUUGGAGAAAGAGAUCUUUCAGGAAGUGCCACUUUCUAGUUUGGUUGAUGAUGACAAGUCUGUGUUAGACGAUUCUGAAGAAUUUUCAGAUACUGAUAGUGAGGAGUUUGAGUUCGAUCAGCUGGCCAAACUCGGAGGAUGUCUCUGUGCUUAUCCUUCAAGUAUUUCGGACACAUGUCAUGAGAUAUUUGUUGCGAUGAUGAAAGAAUAUGGUGUCAAGGAAUCUUGGACUAAAAUCUUUAUAAGUGACUUUGAUGCUGAGAUUACACCUCUGUGUUUGUUGGGAAAGAAACAAAUGGUGCUGGUGCUGGAUGAGCAGACAACUGGUGAGACAUUGGUGAUGUACGAUUUGGAAGAACGAACUGUCAAGGAUAUUGUAGUUCAUGGCAUUCCGGAUAGAUUUGGUGUUGGAGGGAGCUUCAUGGAAAGCCUUGUCUCGCCUCAUUGCAGUAACUAAGCUGUAGGAGAAUGUUAGGCUAUAAUUCCUACAGAGCACAUGGCAGCUAAGUAAUAUGUUUUUCUUGUUUGAUUGUCGGAUUUCUUAUUGCCUAGUUUCUUUGAAAAAGUCACACUACUAUUUACAUUUUCUUAAGAGUUUUAUAUUAUCUAAAGUAUUUCUCUGGUACUCUAAUGUAACUGUGAAAAUUCUGUGGUGUUAAAUAAUGUAUGUGCCAAAGUAUAGACAGGAAUGCAGUCAUGCUAGUAAUAAAUAUAUCAUGACAUGUAAAAGUUGGGCAGGCCAUAACAAGUCCUCUUUAGGUGAUUUGUAAGAAUGUCAAUGUGAAAAUAACUCAUACUUCGUAUU